AUGACUUACUCUGGCAGACUAUUCAAGAACUAUUCGUUGAGAAUUGACCUCUUGGAAGUGACACUACUGGACCUGGCUCUGGAGUUCGAGGGAUCGACAGAUGGGUGGCUUGUAGAAUUUUAGUAGCAGCCACGAAGCACUGAUAAGGACUGGUAGAAGCAACUUGUUUUAAGGAGUACUGCAAUUAUAAUGCGCUUAGAGAGGGCUACUAAGCAGUUGAAAGAAAGCCUGGGAAUUCAUUUAGUAGUGGUAUUGUGGAACUAUGAAAUUCAAAACGGUAUAUUUAAGUAAGCCCUAGUAAAUUAAUUAGAAUUGGAAUUUAAACGAGGUGAUUCAAAGAACUUCACGAAUAGCCCUGGAAUACAAUGGAAGGACAACUGGACCAAGUGGAAGCUAAACCAAGGAAUUCCAAAACCUUAAAAGAUGCGAUGUAAGAAUCCUCAGCCUCCAAUGCAGUGUCACCUGAUAAGUGCAUCACUUCAGCCAAUAAAGAAGGACCUCAGGUAACUGAAGAUCCCAGCAAGUUUAAGUUGA